AAAUCCGAUCCUCCCGAGAAAUCGCAAUCCCAUGGACUACGACCUGUUCCAGUCGGACGACGACGAGGAGAUCCUGACCGCCUUCACCCAGGCCACCGAGCAGCUGCAGCAGGCGGGCCACGAUGGGCAAAUGCAGACGGACGACGCGGAUGAGGAGGAGGAAGUGGACUUCCUGCCGGAAUUCAGCUGCACCGGCCGGAACCCACUGAAGAGUCAGUUUCCGGGCGAGGGCUUCCUGCGGAGUGGCUUCGCCCAGCUGGAUCCGCCCCGCUGUCGGCUGGAGAACCUCUGCUUCGACUUUGCCCAGGGACAGUUGCUGGUGGCCGCGGUGCGAAGCUACCUCCAUGCGGAGGCCUGCAAGAACGUGCAGAAGCUCUUUGCGGCCGUGGCCGGUCAGCAGCAGUUGCAGGCCGCCCCAUCUGCCGCCCUGAACUCCGGGUGGUUUCGGGUGCGCCAGCAGGUCAGCCACUUCUACCACCUGCUCCUCUGCCUGCGGGAGAACGACCUGCUGGCGGGGGCCCCGCAGUUCCUGGAGGAUCUGCGCCAGCUGCUCAACAACCAGCUGGACGCGGAGGCCUGGAAGGUUCUGUACUUCGCGGAGCACAGCAAGGGAAACGAGUGCCAGGCGCCGGCCUACCACCUGUACCACGGCGUCCUGGAGUGGCGCUUCCUGGACCUGCACCUGCUGUACGGCUCUGGCGAGGAUCAGGGCUUCCUGGGGCAGCUGGAGCGCACGCUGGACGACCUGGUCGUGUGUGCCGGCCUCCACUACCGGGGCAGACAUCGGCCGGAGCUCAUCCACGCCUCGCCGUUCAUGUGUCGCUGCACCAAGGAGCUGUGGCUGCUGCUGAAGCUCCUCAUCCCCCAGUGGCUGGGCGACAGGGACCUGGACUUCUGGACGCUCUUCCACAAGGCCAUGCAGAGGCACAGGACCAGCUACUUUCAGGGUGAAAGCAGUGCGGUUUCCUUGGCGCACCACGAGUUCUACGCCUGGCUGAGGCUCGGGGUGGCCCGCCUGGAGGAGAACCAGCCGGAUGAGGCGCUCUCCCCACCACCGGGCAGCUUCCAGUCCGCCGCUCUGCUCAAGCAGUUCCUGGCCAGCCAGCCGGACGAGCAGCAGCGACGCGUGUACCUCACGCUGCUCGCUCCGCUGCAGCUGCAGCUGGGUCAGCCGGACACGGACGUGCUGUGCCAGCUGUGGGAGUACCUGCACCGCUCCCUCAACUGCAACUUCAGCGCGGGCGCCGAGCUGGACCAGCUGCCGCUCACCUGCCCCACGGGGGCUGCCUACGUCGAGCGCUACGGCAGGCUGCUGGCCAAGUGCCAGCUGGAGGACCUGAAUCUCAGCAGCUUCACCAUGUACGCCUGGCUGCUGGGCAGGACCCUGAAGCUCCUGCCCUCGCAGGGCCGCAGCAACCAGCGCCAGAAGCUGCUCGGCCGCAUCUUCAGCAAGUUCAGCGCCGCCAAGCUCUUGGCUCUCAACGAGCCGGGCAUCCACCAUGUGAUCGAGCUCUUCCUGUGCCUCCUGCUCUCCCACGAGGAUCUCGGCGAGCUGGCGCCCAAGCUGCGUGAGAUGCUGCUCUGCCUGGCCCUGGAUAAGCUGCCUCCUGCGCGGAGGAUUCUGGUGGCCAAGGGCCACAUGGCCCUGCUCCUCCUGCACGCCCAGCAUCGCCUGUCCAUGGAGGACUAUGUGGGCAAGCUGCUCGGCCAGUUGGCCGCCAUUCGGAACGAUGUGGAGGUGGGCGCCAUCUACGUGAGCAGCCUGCAGGCCGUCUUCGAGCUGGCGGAUGACUUCAAGCGCGGCGAGCAGCAGCUCCUGGGCCCCUGGCUGGCGCACUUCGUGGAGAAGAGUGGCCAGGCCUCGCAGGACCGCGUGUGGCAGGCCAUUCACCAUCUAAUCCUGCGCCUCGGCGAGCCGAGAGCAGCCGCAGGCAAUGCCAGUGGCAUCAGGGAGGCCCUCCAGCAGCACAUUCUGCCCCUGCUGAGGACGCAGUACGUCAGUGGCCACAGCGCAUGGCUCCCCAAGCUGGCCGCCAGCUUUGUGGCGCUGGACAAGGAGGGCGACAAGCUGCUGCUGGGCUUCCUGCAGGGACCAGAGCCCCUCAACAUGGCCGCUUCGGCCCAGCUGAUGCUCCAGGUGCUGGAAGACGACGGCCGGCCUGCGAACUCCACGAUCCUGCAGGUGUGGGUCAAGUCCCUGGUUCUCCUCAACGCGCAGCACGAGUCUGUGGUGGCCCUAACCCGCCAUGUCACCCGGCUGGAGGAGUUCCGGCAGCUGGCCAUCGAUCCCGCCUCCUUGGAAGGCGGUCGCGAGCCGCUCUGCGGCUUCUUCGGCGCCCUGGGAAGGCGGGCCCAGCAGGAGGAGGCUGCGGCCCACGUGCGGAUGCAGCUGAGCCACAAGCUGCACGCCUACGUGAGUCACUUCGAGCUGUGGCUGCCGCCGGAGCGGCUGCGCUCGGAGCUGGGCGCCCGCUUCUACAGCUUCCUGGCCAUCGUCAUCUACAACUGCCCCACGCUGGCGUACGUGCGCUCCAAGCCCACCUGCUUCUUCCACCUGGCCAUGGUGCGCUUCCUGCUCACCACCCAGCUGCAGGCGGGCGUUCCGCCCGAGGGCCGCCUGCCGCAGAUGGUGCACAAGAUAUUCCCCGUGCUGCUGCAGGGCAUCGGCCGGCUGCCCUACCGCACGGACACCUACGUGGCCAGGACCCUGGAGCAGCUGGUCCAGCACUGGACGCCGCACUUUGGCUUCUCGCCCAGCGCCAAGCUGGUGGCCCGUCCGUUUGCCACGCUCCUCCAGGCGGACGUGGACGGCGAGCUGGCGCAGUGCGUGCUCCGGCUGCUGGUCACCCAGCAUCUGGUCGUGCAGCGACGCAAGGCGGGCCAGCAGGCGGGCCUGGUCAUCACCAUCGUGCAGCAGCUCAUCGAGGGCACGGCCAGGGAGCAGCAGCAGCAGCUGCUGACCCUCCUGCGCGGCGUGCACAUUCCGCUGCUGGAACAUGUGAUGUUCGUGGACGAACUGGACUUGAGUCGCGGCCAGGUGUUUGGGCUCUAUGGAGUGCUCGUCGCCCACGAGGCGUACAGGCACUCGCAGGCCGUGCGGGACCUGUGCUCCCAGCACCUGCGAGCGCUGGCCGAGAAGCACCUGGCCCACUGCACCUACUUCUACUUCCAGAUGCUCAUCAAACUGGCGGAGCUGGCGCCGGAUCUUGUUUCUCCACUCCUGCCCUUCGUGAGGCAGCAGGCGCAGCAGGUGGAGCUGAAGCGCGGCGCAGGCGAGGAUGUGGGCAUACGCAAGUGCCUGCAGCGACUCCAGAAGGUCUUAGGUCUAGAUAGUUAAUAAAAAAUAUGCUUACAUU